AAUAUAUUUGUGAAAUCUCUGUUUCUAGGUUCCUUACUGUACAGUUCCAUUUCUCAUUGUAAUUUAUUUAUUUAUUCAUUGUCCGCAGACAUGGAUUUAAAAAUUAUACUUGUUGCUAUGACGAUGGUUGCUAUGAUUCAUUGUGAGGAUUGCAACACCGAGCUUUCUGAAACUUCUGGAGUGAUAGUAUCGGGGAAAUACGGACAUGGCAUCAACUGUUCUUGGACAAUAACUGCUCCGAAAGGAAACUACGUCAAACUGGAAUUCAACAAGGAAAAGUUUGAUGUCAUCAGCAAGUUCAUGUCUUGUAGCCACGACUACGUACAAGUGUUUUACGACUCCGCUAUCCCGAGCCCACACAUCCAAACUUUCUGCAAAUCGUUCGGAAAUAAAUUUGUCCCAAAAGACGCGAUAACAAGCACAACAAAUGUUCUUGUCAUCAGACUUAUCAGCGAUAAGUUUUUCAAAAACGGGGAGGGAUUCGAAGCAAAAUACACUGUUGUGGAUGAGUUUGGCGAACCGAUUGCACCUGAAGAGACAGAAGGAGGUUUUGAUGAAGAUGACUGGGGAGAGGAUACCACGAGCUCAAGCACAACAACUACCGCACCCACGACGACGCCUACAGCAUCUUCAACCACCACAACUGCUAGUACAUCUGCAACAACUACCUUGAUAAGCAAAAUCAUUUCUUCAACUACUGCUAGUACCAAGGGAGGGGAAAGUGCCUCUAAAAGCUCAACAUUGCCAAGCGGUGGUGAUGACGGAAUAUCCGGAAAUGCAGGAGCCAUGUCUGGAGCCGUCAUUGGUGGAAUAGUCGGGAUCGUAAUAUUGAUCUUUGGAAUCCUGCUCAUUGUCGCGUUCGUUCAUUGGAAACGAAACAAAAAUAAGAGAAUCAAUUUGAGCGUCAUCGAAACACCCGACGGCAAAUCCUUGAUCAAUGACAAUAAAAUUUACAAAAAGACGAAUUAUAAGAAGGUUCAGCAAGAUGCAGAGACAACAGAGACAUUUCCACUGUAAAAAAUAAGUGGUAAAAUAAACCUAAAUUAGUAGUACGCCCGGAAGAGGCUGGCCAGAGACUGUACCCAAGAAUAUUGCUGAUAUUCGAAAAAUGCUUUUUAAUAAUAAAUAAUUUUUGCGAUAAUCGUGCAUUUUGACGUUUUUUUACAAAGUAAUCAAAAAAUUAUGAUCGAGAUUUAAUAAUUUUUUCCUCCUCCCAUUGACUUGAAAAAGACUGUACAAAAAUGCUCCCUCUCUAUUUUAAAAAACUGUAAAAUCCUGCAUCAAAAUACCGAAAAAUACCGGAAUAUACCGGAAAAUACCGGAAUAUACCGAAAAAUACCGGAAUAUACCGAAAAAUACCGGAAUAUACCGGAAAAUACCGGAACCCCCUUGACCCAAGAAAAAAAUCUCUGGCCUCCCUUUUCCUAUGAACCCAAAAUUUAGAAAAAUUCUUGUCUGGUAUGUUAUCUUCGUAUCAUGUACGGCCACACAAAUUAUUUUUAAUGGCCAUUUAUGAUCCGGUGAAAAUUUAUCACACAAAGUUAUAUUAUAUGCAUCCAUGUGAAAUAAGUGUCUGUAUGUGUUUUUUAUGUGAAAUUGCUUUGAUUAUUUUACCCCCACAUUUUUUAUUCUCAUAGUCAGAAAAACCAUCUUUAUUAGAUUAAUAUUUUUGUCAUUAUCUUGGAGAGCAAAUCUGAGAAGUUUUUUUGAGAAGAAGUUCAGUUGUAAGUCGUGAAUUAGUUUAAAAUAUAACAAACCUAUAUUGGUGUGAAAACAUAGACUCCGAAAUAAUUUGGCCUAAAAUUGUUCACAGGGCAAAAUGAAUUACAUAGUUUAAUUCAUGAAGAAUACGGUCCUUUGAAAAAUAUCAAUCUUUUUUAUGUUUUGGGGUUCAAUGCGUACUGAGAACUCUUAAAUUUUCAUAAAUCACUCUUUUAGAUGCAAAAUAUCCAUUUUAAAUAAGAAAAAUCACUUUUCUACAAACCUCACUAGACAAUUAUGAUUACACAAUGUUGAAAGAUGAUGUAACAAUGAAUCAGAAUCAAUGCAGUUGCCCAUGGUUUGUUACGUCACAAAUAUUUCUAAAGCCAUUUGUUACAAUAAGCCUCUAGGGCAUACACAAAAGUACGCUUCAAAAUAUCGCUAGAUUGUAGUUUGUGUGUGUGUAGUGCUUCUUGUAUUACAAAUAAUGGUACUCCCUCUAUAGUAUGUGUACCAGGUUAGGGCAUAAGUUUAUUCCGAUUUUCCUCAUUUUAGUUCUCUUACGGGUUCGGGGACUGUCUGUGUUAGCUUAGUGAAUAUACCAUUCCCCCUGCCUAUAGGUUUCAGUCCCAUAUAUGAAUUGAUGUAAAAUAUGCGAACAAAAUUAGUUACCUCCAAAUUGGUACACACACUUGUGACUUGUGGAGCGCCCAAAAAAUAGGGUGGUUGUAAAUUUUUGAAUUGUAAAAUAAAUUAUCGAUACUAUUUACAGUUUGUGGGCUUCUACUGGUGUAUUAAAUGAAGUAAAAUUCCAAUCAAUUUAAUAAUUGAUUCAAUUCAAUAAUUAACCAAUUCUAUUAGGUAAAUGAUUGGCUUUAGGAACAAAUUAGUGAGGAAUUUGGAAAGUAAGUUUGUGUGAUCUUUGUUUGAGCGAAUCUCGACAAAAUUGUCUGCGUCUUACAUCGAAGUCAUGGUUAAUUCAAAAACCGUUGAUUUAGACAAAUUGAAACAAAAAUCAUUGCGCACAAAGACGUCGUUAUAAUCAAUCUAUGAGAGCGAAUGCUUCGCUCUAGGAACAAUUUAUUGAGAAAUUCUGAAAGUGAUUGCGUGCAGCCUUCACUUGAGCAAACGUUCAUAAAAGUUGUCUGCGUCUUAGUCUGCUUAUUUCAAAAAACGUUAAUUUAAUAAGACAAAUUACUCAAAUAUCAUGGCGUGACUCAAGCCUAAAACGACGUUGUUUUAAUCAAUUUAGACAGGAAGUUACAUCAUCCAGGUAUUUCCUAAGCUGUAUGUUAAUCAUGGUUUCCGUGGUUACUGAUUCGCUCUAUCGCACAGAUUGUGAUGUAUUAUAAGAAGAGUUUUCUUCACAAUAUGAACCAAAAAUUUUCUUUUUUAUCAUGUUGAAACGCCCAUGUGCUACAUAGAUCGUAAAAACAUUGUUAAAAAUAAUUAGUCUAUUGAAUGUCAGAAUACACUUCAUUCUGAAUUAAAGAUAAUUGAAAUUCUUAAAUGAAGUAUUGAGAAUCAAUCCCAAAUGUAAUACAUGGAUAUCCUGUAUUGUUCUUCAUAACAAUAUACAGGGUGUCCAUAAAGUCCUUUUACAAUUUCAAUUUUGUUAAAAAGUCAGUUCUCAAUAUAUCUCAACCAGGGUUGUUGUUUUUUCAAUCAGUAAUUGUUCAAGUAUUUUUACUUCAUUUAAUACAUCUGUGAGGGCCAAAACAAUAUAUGGUAUCGAUAAAUUCACUUUGGAAUUUGGAAUUUUUUUACGGCUGUAUGGACACCCAAUAUAUUACCAAACAUGGUAGGAAAAACACUGGAAUUAGCUCUGUGGUGAUUCAUCUAAAUUAUAUUCGUUAUCUGGCUAUUUGUCUAAAUUUAGUUUAUUUUAUGUCACAUCAUAAACCAUGGUUUGGGGUAUUUUUGGCGAUGAAUUAUGAUGAAAUGAUAUAAAUGAAUUUGUGGUCUUCUGUGAUGUAUUAGACUUGAUGUCUGAUAUAGCGUUGCCCAAGGCAGAUCGAAAAUAAAUAUAUUCGAUAUUUCUAGUUUUGUACAUUUAGGAAGAUUUUUGAAAUAGCUUCAUUUGAAGAACUAUCAUUUUGAUCAAUUAAAGACUCACAGUGUGGCCGUGGAAAACCUUUUUUAAAUUUUGAGAUCGAUACGCUGCAUUGAACAGAGUUGUAAAAUAAAAAUUAAAUGGUUUUCCUCUUCUAUCAUUACUUUUUCCACAUUUGUUUGACGGCCGACUCUUAAAAAAAAAAAUUCAAUUUUCUUAGACCAUUUUAAAUCUUAAUGUUCAUAAACCAUAGCCGUUAAUAACAACCUUUUCUCCUUACACCCCACCCUAGUAUGCCACACCUAAAUACACAAGAAAGCUAUUGAUAUUGCUAAAAGGUUUUUUAACCAUUAGUACGUGACGUCUGAAUUAACUAGUCUGAAUAUUCCUAUAAUAGGUAUACCCUUGACUGACUAAUAACAGCAGAUGACAAGUUUUUACGCUGUGAUAAUUCCCAUAUAUAUAUAUAAUUACUAUUGAGCAAUGCUUCGAUACAAAUAUAAAAUAAUAAAUUAAAUUUACCAGAAAGUAAAAGCAGUAACUAAACUUUUUGGUUAAAUAAAAAAACAUGCGACCCAAGAUAGCCACCGUUAUACUGCUAUGCAUUUGAUACUUUGUGUCUUCAAAUGCUGAUGCACUCCAAUACACCAAGUUAUACACAUUAGAGUUCACGAUAUCUGUGUGAAAGUGUUAGCUUUAAAAAUAUUGCAAUUCAAGAAAAGUUCCGUAGUUUUUCUAUAUUAUGAAACAGCACUUCUUGUUUGAAUUCCUAAAUUUUUAUUGUGUUUUAUUUAAAAUAUGGAGAAUAUUGGGGGGGUGCUUAGUUUUUUUUUCCUAUGUACUCCCCCCAUGUGACUCAGCGAAUCUGAUAUAAAGAAAUUAAAAUUGUCCAUCACGAUUAUUUGUUUUUUCCUUGUCCUGACGAAGUCAAACGUUUUCUAAAUAUAGAUUAAUAUGUUGCUGGGAAACCUCUUUUAUUCCUAUUGUGAACAAAUAAUCUCAAUUGUCGCUUCAUAAACGGAGCCAAUAUGUUUUAUGAGUCAUGAAUCAUUGUUCAAUUUGCUUUGUCAUCUCUCACUAUGAACAUAAAAUAAAUAUUAUUGAGUUAUAUUCAGCUUAAAUGCUAAAUUUACAUCUGGGAUUUGAGUUAACAUGGGGAAGUAUAAAAUAUUUUUAUUAACAUCUUAUUCAGUUAGAAAUGCAAUGUCAUUCGCACUUUUAUAUCUUCACCUCAAAAACAUAGUUCACAAAAUUAAAAUUUUUAAUUAAUAAACCAGAAAUUGUCAAAAAUUGUAAAUAAUUAUUUGAAAUCAUUCUUCAAAUUUCAAGUUAACGCCGUUCAAAAAAGUUCCAAAUUUGUAGUAUUUAUUAAUCACAGCUUUGCCAUAAUUUAUCGUUUGCUCGUCACUAGAGGUCGCUAAAGAAUUAAAAUGGUCAUUCUUCAGUUACAUUUCCCAUGUUGAGCUUGGUUAACUUUGUUCAUUCAAUUAUUUUAUUUCUACUUGAUCUAUGCUGGCCUGAAAAUGCAUCUGAUUAAUUUGUUUAAAUAUUAACAUUUUAAAUAUUUUUGUGUAAAAUUCAUGACAUUUUCGUAUUGUUUUUCACCUAUAUUUUUGGUUUUGACACAACCUACCGGUGAUGGUACCAGGGCCAUCCAUUUCAAAAGUCAUUUUCAGUCAAUUUCCACAGUGUAAAUUUUGUUCAAUAUGUUUGAAAAAUUAUUAAAUUAAGUCCAAUAAAUAUAAUAACAUCUGAAUUCAUGUAACUUUGACAACAUCUUAUUUAUUACUAAUAUUACGAUCCUGAAUGGCUAUGACCAUGUUUUCUAGUGAGAAAUCGAAAGCCAUUUUUCUUUAAUGAUCUAUAUCCAGUAAUAUCACUUUUAUCACAAAGGGGGUUCUCAAACCUUCAUUCUCUCGUUUGCCCCCAGUGAAAUUUAAAGGGAAAUCCCCCCCCCCAUUUCAAUGAUAUAAUAGUAUUGCUUUUCACAAUGGCUUUGUUGAAAAUGAGAAGUCCAUAUAAACAAAAAUGCUUUUUAAACACGAAUAUUGAUUAUUACAACUUCCUUCAGCCAUUUGUUUUUAUUGAAAAAUUUCAACCUCUUGACCUUUUAAGAGCUGAGAUUAAGUUUUAAUAUUAUUUAUAAUUACCCCCUUCCAUAUGUUGGUCGAAACAUUUAGUUUCCAUGUUAAUUACCGUGAAAAAUGUUGAUUUUACUGAAUAUUUCCAAAUGUUUUUGUACAGAAAUUAAAAAUUUUUUGUGAUGAUUUUUGUGAAAUUUGUCUCACUGUGUAUUUGACCUUGCUUUUUAUGAAUGACCUUGAUUUCAAAAUAUAUGACUUUAAAAAAUUAAUCGAUGUUUGAACCGGUAUUUCUCAAAUUUUUGUGAUGCGUGGCCCUUUUCAGGAAACUUAAAAAAUUUGUGAUCUUGUUUUUCCUUGAAAAAACACUAUUUUGCUUUUAAGCGUUACCAUCUGUUAUUUUGGAGAAUCCAACAAAUAAUUUACUUUAAAUGUAUGAAGUCAUUGCAUGUGGCAUCUAGUAAUGGCUCCCUAACCGCCCGGGGGGACUUAGUUUGAGAAACACUAGGUUUAAACAAUUAUUUGUAUAUUCCAUUUUUUACAAAUUCCUAAUAAUUUUGCACCAAAAUUUGUGCUACAUUUUAUAAAGUGCUAACUAUUUGAUUAACGACCCAAAAAUGUGACGAAAUUUUCUGAUUUUGGGGUUUUUAUUUAUUUUUCAUGCGUGCUGUGCUUAUAUUAACGUAUUUUGUAUCUUACUUUAUUAAUUAUCGCCUAUUGAAUUGGCUAAAAGCUAUUUUACUGGGAUUGCCGCCAUAUAGAUGUAGGGUCCCCGUAGUCAUUAUAGCUUAGUUUAUGGGGGCUUCCCCUUGAUUUUCACUGGGAUGAAAUAUCAAAUUACCUCCUUCGCAGUUUUGCCAGUAUGGCCCCCAUCUUCGAUUUUUAUCAAAGCAAAAUUCCACUCCCACCUGAUAGGUUGCAAAACCACCCAGGGGUGCAACAAUUUGCUUUGUGCUUAUUUAGCGCCUUUCACGAAUUGUAGAGAAUUUUAUAAAAAGUCUCUGCAACCUCUGAUAAGUACUCCCCUGUACAAGUUCCUCCUAAACAAAGAGCAAAGCCAGGGGGUGUCAGGGUCGGAACCCCCUCCUUUCAAAAUGUAGAAAAGGACAUUAUUCAGUACCACACUUGGAAUUUUUUUGUAGAUUAAAACGCUUUUUUAAAACCCUCAAGACAUUUGAAAACUCAUGUUUUACGGCUGGACCCGAUGGCUGUUUAAGUCCAACUCGGCAAUCAGAAAUUUAAGGACUCUACUUUAAAAGUUUCUGGCUACGUCGCUGCCCCAAACAAGGGUAAUGUGUCAGUUGUUCUUGUUUAUCACCUUGCUCUGAGAUGGCACUCUAAAACUGUCUUUGCAGACCCUUAUUAAGAGAGUAACAUCUGAGUACUCCUUUAACUUUUGAUUGAAUUUUUACUUUAUUGCUUUCUAUUCCUUUGUCGGAGCUGCUAAGCAAUAGCUGUUAUUUAUUUGUCAAAUGUUGGUUGAAAGCAAAAUGCUCACAAUACCAACUCUUGAUAAAUUCCUUGUUUUUAAUUUUAGCUUUUGCUUUUGUUGUUUUUCUCUCAAAUCUUGAAAUAUUAAAAAUUAUUUAUGAAA